CAAAUAUUAGCAUGGAGAUGAGAGGAAUAUAAUGUAGCAAGUAGCAAUAGAGGAAAAGAGGGGUUGGUGGCAGCGAUAAAGCAGUAGUGAAUGGGAAACACAAAUGACAUGAAUCUAUCCAUCCAUCCACCCAGAGCCCAACCCCAACUCCCACUCCAACCCCAACCCCAACCCCACCACAACCACAACAUAAAGGCCCAUCCGAAACUCACCACUAUUAACCUACAAGCCAGGCAGCCCUAUUCUACUCCAUUGGGUUUGGUUUGGUUGAUUGUACCAAAACCAUUAAUAACAAGACAAAAAAUAAACGAGAUGAAAGAAUGGGUGGUGGGGAUGCGUUUAUGGUGGUGUACUGGUGGACUUGGUUGUGGGGUGGGGUGCACCUCUCCACCACACUCUCUCCUAUCCCCCUCCCACACGUCUCCUCUCUCUUCUUUUCUACUCUCUCCUCUAUAUGUCAUCCCCCACUUGCCCCUACCCACCCCCACAAUCAAUGCCAAUGCCUAUGCCAUCACAUACUCUUCCCAUUUCAACCAUCUCAUUGACAACUACCACAACCCUUUUCUCAUUUUAACCUAUCCCCCUAUCUUUUCCCCUCAUAGCCAUCUAUCUUAUCUCUUUUUCUUUCUCUCAGGCAUUUUGUCAAACACCUUGUGUGCAACGCUUUUUCAGAUCUGGAAACUCUACCGAGAUCUCGUCUUUUUGGAUCUUGAUUUCUGGGUUUCGUUUGUGAUACAGAUCUAUGACGACCAUUGAAGCCGCUCCGGCCAAGAUCCCCCGGAAGUUUCCGCCGCCGUGUUGGACCCAAGAAGAAGCUUUGGCUUUGAUUGAGGCUUAUCGUGAGAGAUGGUACGCUCUCCGCCGUGGGUACCUCCGCACCGCCGAUUGGGACUCGGUGGCUGACGCCGUCGGUCAACGCUGCCCUGGUGCGUCUCCGGCGAAGACGUCGGCGCAGUGCCGCCACAAGAUGGAGAAGCUUAGGCAACGUUAUCGGGCGGAGAAACAGCGGUCUCAUUCGUAUCCAGGUCGGUUCUUUUCGUCAUGGUUUUAUUUCGAUAGUAUGGAUGCUAUGGAGAAUGGAACAUCACCCGGUGAUGGAUCCAAUCAGGUUACUGUUGUUGAACAUAAUUCCGUGCCGCUAGGUUUUAAUUUGAAGAAUACUAGUAAGAAAAUUGCGAAUGAUUUUCCGAGUCCUAAUGUUGAUCAUGAGGGUGUUUUGUUUCGAGGGGGGUUUCGUGUUAAAGGUGUGAAUGAUCGGAAUACGGUGCCUUUAGGAUUCAGGUUAAAGAAUUCAGAUAAGAUUGAUGCGAAAUUGAAUCCUAAUGUUGGGUAUAGAGUUCCAAGUGGUUAUCCGUUUUAUUUGAAUGGUGGUUCAGAUGAAGAAAAUGAGAAUAAUGGCAGUCAAUUUGAAGGCGGGUCUUCCGAUUAUAGGGCAGAGAAGUUUGGUAAUGGUGGGAUUAGGAUUAAAACUCCCAGUGAUCAGAUGAUGCCGCCUUCUUUUAGGGCUCGAAAGGUGGGCAAGUUUGAGGGGAAGGUCGAUCGUGAAUAUGAAUGUGAUGAUGGUGGUGGUUAUGAUGGCGUUGGUGAAGAUGGUGAUGGCGAGUAUUGGGUGAAAGUACCCCAUGAUAGAAAUUCAGCUCCGGUGGGAACAAGGCAAAAGUUCAGUAACAAGAAUGACAGGAACUCGAGUCCUAGUGUUGAUCCUAGGUUCAUGAAUGGGUUUCCUUCCCAAGCAAGAUCUGAUUAUGACAGAAAGAGUGGCAGUAAUGGAGUUAAGAGAGGGAGAAAUCCAAUUGAAGAUAUGGUUUCGUCUAUUAAAUCCCUUGGGGAAGGAUUCGUGAAGAUGGAAAAGAUGAAGAUGGAGAUGGCGAAAGAAAUUGAGAAGACGAGAAUGGAUAUGGAGAUGAAGCGGAAUGAGUUGUGGAUUGAGUCACAACAACAGAUUGUGGAUGCUUUAGUGAAGGGUUUAUUUGAAAAGAAGGUGAAAUCCCCUGAUUCAUAGAUAGACUAAACAUUAACGGCUUUAAGUUUCUUCCUAUAAUUGUAUUGUUAUAUAUGAGAUCAACUUAUAUAUAUAUGAUCUGUAUCUGGUAAUUUAGUAGUAUUAAUGUAACAUUUUCAAUUUGUAUC